AUGCAUCCGGAGGACACGACGUUGUCGACGCAUCUGGUCGCGGAGGAGCUGGUGGGUUAUCUCUCCCUUGCGGCUCGCUUUCAGUACAAGGAGCCGACAACGUUAUCAUUAGGGAACAUCGGCCAACACAUAACUGAACGCGACGGUCUCGGCCACAAACGCAGAGUGUCUGCCGCUGAUAAGCUCAUUGGUUCAGCACAGAUUGUACUUGGAAAGAUUACGAAGAAUGCAGACAUGAUUGCCAAGGGAGAGAAACGCAAAGUCGACGGCGCCGUGGCCAAAGUGAUAUCCGAGGUACUCAGCGGGAUCAUUCUUGGUCCUUCUAUUAUGGGCAGGAUUCCACGAUUCACUAGUACAAUCUUUCCUCCCGAGUCGCUCUCGUAUCUCACCUUGACUGCGAACAUCGGCCUGGUUCUCUUUUUAUUCCUCGUCGGACUCGAGACGGACACGAGGGUCAUCAGCCGCAAUGCACGAUUCUCUGUCUUCGUAGCGGCGGGCGGGAUGAUCUUGCCCUUUGGUCUUGGGACCGGAGUCGCGAGCUUGGUAUACAACAAGUUUGUAGAUUCAUCAGAGGUCUCAUUUGGCAAUUUUCUACUAUUUGUCGGGGUGGCAUUCGCCAUUACGGCAUUCCCAGUUCUCUGUCGCAUCCUCACCGAACUCAACCUCCUCGAGACGACUGUCGGGAUCGUCGUUCUAUCAGCAGGUGUAGGAAACGAUAUCAUAGCAUGGGUGCUUCUUGCACUCGCCGUUUCGCUCGUCAAUGCGUCCUCCGGGUUGACUGCCCUUUGGGUGUUGUUGGCGACAACGGCAUUUGCAAUUUUCAUUCUGAUCCCCGUUCGGUAUGCGUUUGUCCGACUCGCGAAACGAACUGGUGCAUUAGAGGAGGGCCAGCCUUCAGCCUUCAUGAUGACAGUUGUUAUUCUCAUCGUAUUUGCCAGUGCAUUCUGCACGGAUAUCUUGGGUGUUCAUCCCAUCUUUGGUGGAUUCUUGGCUGGGCUUGUCAUUCCGCACGAAAGUGGCUUUGCCAUCUCGCUGACGGAAAAGCUCGAGGAUCUUGUAUCCCUGCUGUUUCUUCCACUGUAUUUUACUCUUUCGGGUCUCAAGACUGACCUCGGACUUCUCGACAAUGGGAUUACCUGGGCUUACACCAUCCUCAUCCUCGUCGUCGCGUUUAUCGGAAAGUUUGUCGGCGCCUCCACGACUUCCAAAUGGCUUGGAUUCAGCUGGCGCGAAGCGGGUGCCAUCGGCAUCCUCAUGAGCUGUAAAGGUUUGGUCGAACUCAUCGUGCUCAAUAUUGGGUUGCAAGCAGGAAUUUUGUCUCCACGCGUUUUUGCCAUGUUUGUAAUUGAAGCGCUCGUUUUGACCUUCAUUACCACUCCCCUGACUCUCCUUGUCUAUCCCCCGGAGCAUCGGACCCUCCAUUCCGCCCCCAAGCCCAGAGUGGACGAAGAGUCUCGGCGCAAUAUCGAGUCCUCAAGAGGCAUCACGACCUCUGGGGAGACGGAAGCACUGAGCAUCAAGCGUCGUAUCGCUGUCAUGCUCUAUAAGAUGGAGAAUCUCUCCCCUCUUAUGACCAUGACCCAGCUACUCGGUGCAUCCGCUAGUCCAAACUCUUCCCGAAACUCGACAAUGGCGGGAAAGUCCGAUCCCAAAUCCAAGGAGCCAAUAACGGAGGGUCCUCAGAGUGCCCCAGUAGUGGGGAGCUCUUCUUCAGCGGCAACGCUUGUGGCUGGUCCCACUUUGGAUGCACUACGACUCAUGGAUCUCAGCGAACGUACUUCAGCUGUGAUGUACGGUAGUGUAACUGCCGAGUUAUUGCACCGCGACCCGAUGGUUGCCGCGUUGAGAACGUUUGCACGUCUUCACAAUGCCCCCGUCACUACAGCCGCACUUUCCGUUAUCCCAUACGACGAAUUCCCCGUCAAGCUUUGCGAGCGAGCCAAAGAAGUGGCAGCCGAUCUCGUACUUCUUCCCUGGAACACUAGUCUGCAUCCAGUUGUGGAGGUAGUCUCACCUGCGCGCGCCGGAGAACCAUCGUCCUACAAUCCGUUUGAAGGUGUAUUUGGAAAGGCCGGAAGUACGCAAGCUCAUACUUCCUCUGAAAAGUCGGCGGCCGUUCUCUAUGCCCACUUUAUCCGUAGAGUGUUCUCACUCUCCUUUGCGGAUGUUGCUCUAUUCAUCGAGCACGAGGAUAACGGUGCAGAGCAGGAAGAGGAACUCAACGAGAUUACAAAGCCUUUGAAGACCGGCUACACCAUCUUCCUCCCUUACUUUGGCGGUCCCGAUGAUCGACUUGCUCUCAACUUUGUCGUCCAGCUGUGCAGCAACGGGAACGGUGCUGUUCAAGCGAGAAUUGUCAGAAUCACGAAGACGGAGCCAGAACUGUCGCCCGAAGCAUCUAAGGGAGUCAGUCCGGACCAUAAUGAGGCAGCGAAUAUGCUGAGCGUUCAGACGGCAACCGGCUUUCCUGACACAGUCUAUGGACCGGAGAACACCCAACACCGUCUUGAGAGUGAGACCGCAGACAACCUCGUCUGGGACCGAUUUGCGAACCGUGGCCCAGAGGCACCCGCGCUGAACCCAGAGAUCGAGCGAGCAUUAACGCACAUCACGUUUACAGAGCUAUCUACGCCGACGCCACUUGCCAGCUGCAUUGAACAGCUCUCAGAGAUGUCAAGCACAGAGCUUAGCUUGGGUACCGCUCGUGGAUACAUGAAGAAUGUUAUGGCAGUUGUCGGUAGAGGCCGUCGUCUCGCCAUCGAAGACCAUCAUUUAGAGUUGAAGUCCUUGCUCUCGACCGGUAAUGCCUCUCAGAACCAUGUCAGCAGUGACGCCAGAAAGACGUUAGGAGACGUAGGAGCGGCAUUCAUUGUCGCGGGCCCUUCGAGCAUUGCGCUGCUUGUCAUGCAGGCAGCUCACGCAUCUACCGACGUUUGA